UUCAGUUUUUUUUUUCUUUUCUGUAUCUCUUUGUAUCUCUUUGUAAGAUGCUGAAUUAUCACUUCUCUCUUGUCUUACUCUUCUUCUUCUCCUUCAUCUGUUGCUCAUUUGACAAGCACGGUGGUGGACUACUACUACCUGCAUUUGGGAUGGCACAAAACACUACAAUAGUACAUGUUGGUUUGGUUCUUGAUCUUGAAAUUCUAGCUGGGAAGAGAAGCCAUGCAAGCAUUUCCAUGGCACUUGAUGAUUUCUAUGCCUCUCAUCCUUCCUACAAAACAAGGCUUCUCAUUCAUUCAAGGGACUCCAAACAAGAUAUCAUCCACGCCGCCUCCGCCGCUCUGGACCUCAUGAAGAACACUCAAGCUCAAGUGAUCAUAGGACCCUAUAGAUCAUCUCAAGCGGAGUUCAUCAUCAAUAUCGGCAAUAAAAUUCAAGUUCCGGUCAUAUCCUUCUCGGCGACAAGCCCCGCACUUGCUCCGGAAAGGACUCCCUACUUUGUCCGCACCACCAACAAUGACUCCUCUCAGGUAGCUGCCAUUUCUGCCUUUGUUAAGUCCUUUGGAUGGCGAGAAGUGGUCCUAGUUUAUGAAGAUACUUCCUUUGGCUCUGGCAUCAUUCCCUACCUUGUUGACGUUUUUCAAUCCAUCGGUGCCAAAGUACCGUAUCGGAGUAUUAUCUCUUUAUCUGUGAAUGAUGACCAACUCAAAGAGGAACUUUACAAGCUUAUGGCUAUGCAAACAAGAGUGUUUAUCGUCCAUAUGGAGCCACACCUCGCUUCCCGCCUUUUCACCAAGGUGAAUGAGGUUGGAAUGAUGGAAGAAGGAUAUGUCUGGAUCAUGACUGAUGUAAUUGGCAAUAUGCUUGAUUCCUUGAAUUCAAGAAGUGUUGAGGCAAUGCAAGGCGCGGUGGCUAUGAGGUCAUACAUGCCGAGGUCAGAAGAGAUGGAGAAUUUCACAAGACGGUGGAAGGCGAGAUUCCGACAAGAGAAUCCAAUCAGUGAGCCACCAGAACCUACUGUGUUUGAGGCACGGGCUUAUGACACUUUGUGGACAUUAGCAAUGGCAGUAGAGAAUGCCACAGUUUCAAGCUCUAGCUUCAGAAAGCUUCCUCAAGGUUAUAACUCCACAGACUUGGGAGGCCUAAGCGUGUCACAGAAUGGCCCUAAGCUUCUUGAAGCUAUCUUGAGCACAAGAUUCAGAGGUAUCGCCGGGGACUUUGUGCUUGUCAAUGGCCAGCUCAACUCAUCAGUCUACGAGAUUGUUAAUGUCAUCGGCAAAGCGGGAAGACGCAUUGCCUUCUGGACACCGGAGUUGGGAAUCUUUAAACAACUCAAUUCAACUUCAUCAGUGAGUUUGAAGACUGUAAUAUGGCCAGGGGAUACCACAUCUCUCCCCAAGGGAUGGGAAAUGCCCAGAGACAAAGAAAGGAAACUAAAGAUCUUAGUACCAGUGAAGAAUGGCUUCAAAGAGUUUGUGAACAUAGCAUUUGAUAAUACCACAAACAGGACCACUGUCACCGGGUAUUGCAUUGAUGUGUUUGAAGCAGUCAUGCAGUUACUUCCAUAUGCGGUGUCAUAUGAGUACGUUCCUUACCCAAAUGCCAAGGGCCAAAUUGCAGAUAAUUACACUAACAUGGUCCUCCAAGUUUCCUCGCAGUUUGAUGCGGUCGUCGGUGAUACGACUAUCAUCGCGAGCAGAUCAAAGUACGUUGAUUUCACGCUGCCAUACACUGAGUCUGGAGUAUCUAUGAUAGUCCCUGUCAAAGCUGAGAAGAGGAACAUGUGGAUCUUCUUGACGCCUUUAAGCAGUGAACUUUGGCUAUGGACACUUGGCUUGUUCUUAUUUAUUGGGCUCAUACUGUGCCUGAUUGAGACUCGUAUCAAUCCGGAGUUCCAAGGGCCACCGUUGCAGCAGCUGGGAAUGAUCUUCUACUUCUCCUUCUCCAUACUCACCUUUGCUCACAGGGAGAGGUUGGUGAGCAAUCUAUCCAGAAUAAUUGUGCUGCUAUGGGUGUUCGUUGUGUUGAUUCUCACAUCUGCAUAUACGGCAAGCCUGACGUCGUUCCUCACGGUGCAGCCACUCGAACCGACAGUGACUGAUGUAAGUGAGCUCUUAAAGAACAACAAGAUUGUUGGGUAUCAGGAUGGAUCCUAUGUAGCAGAUCUUCUCAAGGGAUUAGGCUUCAAAGCUUAUCAACUGAAGAACUACAGCUCCCUUGAACAAUAUAUAGAUGCACUCAACAAAAGUGAAGUUGCAGCAAUCUUUGAUGACAUUCCUUCUCUCAAGCUCUUCGUCUCACAAAAUUGCGCCAAUGUUGCUAUGGCAGGCAAAAAUAUCAUCGGAAAAAUUUACAAGGCUGCGCAUAUUGCCAUGGUUGGCAAAACUUUCAAGACCGGCGGAUUUGGUUUCGUCUUCCCUUUGGGCUCUCCUUUGGCGAGGGACGUUUCAAGGGCAAUACUGAGCCUGACCCAAAGCAACAAGAUGACAACUAUCGAAAGGAAAUGGUUUGGGGAUGUGACAAGCUGCCCGCAUGGUGGUGACGAUGAUCCCGGCUUAUCUAACCUCAAACUCCAAAGUUUCGGCGGGCUCUUCCUCAUCACCGGAGUAGUGACUGCACUCACAUUCUUCCUCCACAUUUCUCAUGUAUUAUUUUCAAAACAGGGAUGAGCUCAACGGUGCACUUGCCUCUGAGAACUCAGUAUGGAAGAAAGCAAUUGCAUGGAUCAAACACUAUGAUAAUAGACAACUUUCUGAAUUCUCCAACUAUGAUGAGUACGGCCAGAAGAAUCGAGGAUGUCCAAGCAGACACAGCAAGCAACUUGAGCGGCUUCCCAAGUCCGGUGGACAUGCAGCUGUCCUACAUGAAUGGAGACACACUGGGAGAAGAAAUGUUAUCAGUCGAGCUGGAUCUUCAAUCUGUAGAGGCUGCAAGUGACCAGUCAACUGAAAUAACGGAAGGAGUUGGACACCAGUGACUCAGUGAGCUUGAUUUUUUUCUUGUAUCACAGACAAUGAGAUAGUUGAGAUGUGAGAUAUAAAGCAGCAAGCUGAUACUCACUUCACAUUUCAUACAAAGCUUG